AUGUCUUUUGUCUACUUCGACAUUCUUUAUCAAGAUCCUGCGGGCACUCCCGAGUCUUGGGGCCGCAUUGUCUUCAGACUCUUUGACGAUGUCGUACCCAGAACCGCAAAGAACUUCCGUGAACUCGCGACUGGUCAGCACGGCUAUGGCUACGCUGGCUCAAAGUUCCACCGUGUGAUUGCUGGUUUCAUGGCACAGGGUGGUGACUUCACCCGGGGCAAUGGAACCGGUGGCAAGUCGAUCUAUGGCGAGAAGUUUGAGGAUGAGAACUUCCAGUUGAAGCACGAUAGACCUUAUCUUCUCUCGAUGGCCAAUGCUGGUCCCAACACCAACGGAUCUCAAUUCUUUAUUACAUUCGUUCCUACUCCUCAUUUGAACGGAGGUCAUGUGGUCUUCGGAGAGGUCGUUGAAGGAGAGGAAGUCAUUCAGAGGAUGGAGUCCAAGAGUCUGAACCAAUCCGGACAGACACAUGGUUCCAUUAGCAUCGCUGCUUCUGGCGCUCUCUAG